AUGUCGACUUCAUUCUAUCAUACCGAGCUUAGCAAGGCCCUUUCUGAGCAAGCCUUCGGGCUGGCUCGGUUUGACAUCUGCAGAAGCUCGUCGCCCCAUGAGGCCACUGCUUCUGUCACUCUGUUAGAGGGCAGAACUAUUCGCAUAACGCUAACUGCUCGUGGCUACCAGGUGCGUACAGCGUCCACUGAUGAGGAUCAGAUCUUUGAAUCUAUCGAAGGUCUCUUACAGGCUGUCAGUCCAGCAUACGAAGGAAGAAGGAGAGAGGCUUUGUUUUCGCGCCUGCGAAGCCUAUCAUGA